AUGUGCAGAGGACAAAAUCCAGACUACAAUAAGAAGCUGGAAGAUACGCUUCUGAAGGACUACAACAGUCGACAUCGACCUGUAAAAUCGGAGUCGACUACGGUGCAAGUCAGCGUUUACAUGGGUAUAAGCCAUGUCGAGAAAGUGGAUGAGCAUGAGCAAACAAUGCUAGUGCAUGGCCAUCUAUGGGCAACAUGGGUUGAUGAGUAUCUCGUAUGGACUCCAAAGGAUUACAACGACACAACAAAAAUUAACAUCGAUUCGUGGAAAAUUUGGCAGCCAGCAUUAGCUCUUUAUAACAGCGCAAAAGGAAAUUCUUGGCAUCUCUACAUGCAUGGUUUACCGGCAAUGAUCAGCAGUAAUGGAAGAGUUUGGGCUAGUGGUUCCUUCUCAUUCCAUGUCACAUGUCGCUUCGAUUUCACUGCUUGGCCUUAUGAUGAACAGGAAUGCCCAAUUGUUAUUGCCGAUUGGGUUUACGAUCUGUCUCGUGUGAAUCUGUCGGAUCCCCAAGGCAGUACUCCAUGGAAUAAACCGACAAUACGCCUCAACUAUGAUCCGACUGGACAAAAUGAGAAGAAACAUGUUGCAGGUUUGAGAACUGUAUUGCAAGCAAAGAGUCAUGCAUGGAAGUUC